AUGUCCGAAAGGACUCAUGUGAAGCGGUUGAUCGUGUGUGUUGACGCAGAAGAGUCUGAGGGGGGCGCAACUUCAGGUGCGACCAUUCUGCGCGAGAUUCAGAUUGCAAUUGACCGCAAGGUCGUCGAGCAGAUCGUGAGGUACUAUCGCGCUACCGAAGAUGGCCCAAAGAUACUGGACAGGUUGAAGACUCGGGCGCAGCCUUACUUUGAACAGCAAAUCCAUGACAUUGUGAAAGAGGUAUGCGAGGUUCUCGAGGAGCCCAGGGACGAGUUAUUCCUUUAUGGCUUUGGUCGCGGGGCGUUCAUUGUGCGCGCCGUGGCCGGCCUUCUCGACAUCUUACAUUUGCCGAAACGGACCUCCGUGAGAUACUUUGAAAAGCUAUACCAGAGUUGUCUGGAUGUUUACAAAGCACGCCAUGAUGAAGACAACCGAAAUGGUCCGAAGAUUAUUGAGUUUCUCAGAUCGCACUCGACGCUCUCUGUCCAGAUCCGGUUCGUGGGUGCAUUCGACACUGUCAGGUACACGACGGAAGGACACAAGCACGACCUGUCUCUGGUGAGCUCAAUUCAUCACAUGCGCCAUGCACUUGCUCUGAAUGAGUCGCGCUCUCAGUUGAGUCCCGAGUUCGUCGAGAUUCCGAAGAUUUCAGCCGACCUUCAGGGACGCACCUUGAUUCAAGCCUGGUUCCUUGGCUCACACAAAGACCUGGGAGGCGGCACUGACCACGACGGCCUCUCCCUCUACGCACUGCAAUGGAUUCUAGUCGAAAGUAUACGAGCCGGACUUGUUAUACAAUGGAACGAAAAAGAGGCACUGAUCGACAAGGGAAAUGUCUUGUCUUUAGUUUUCCCGCAGUACUCGGGCGAUGCGCCAAAAUUGGGAGGAGAUGACGAAGCCGAGUGGCAGGUCAAACAUAACAAUGGUAUCGAAGUCAGUUUGUUCGAUCUUCAAACAGUUCACGGUAGUAGUGCCGAGGAGGAUCACGUCCAUGGUAUUCAAAUAACCCCUUCCAACGUGCUUUACAACAGCCACCGGACUGUCUUCGAGUCAAAGAGUGGCUUGGUUGGAUAUUGCACGAAUGGUAUGGAGCUAUGGGACGAUCAUCCAUCCCUCGGUUUCUGUCUUCUCGACAGAUAUCCUCGCUUCUACGAACAAUCUCGCUUUAAGUCACUGAAGAAGAGCCUCGCCAACUAUCGUGAUCAGAAUGUUCACGAUCCCGAGGGAGGAAUUCCACCAUGGCUAGAAGGCAUGCAGUUGCAGGCUAGUGGCGUGAAAGCCUUUCGUAUCCUAGUAUGCGGCAAGACUGGCGUUGGAAAGUCUACCUUGAUCAACAAGGUCUUCGGCGUCGAACUGACCGAAGAAUCCCAAUCCUACUCACAGGGCGAACAUGACAUUAACCAAGCCUUCGCAUCACCGAACCAUCCUGGCUUAUUGAUUCACGACUCACGAGGGUGGCAAGCGGGAAGCGAGAACGAGUUGGAUUUGAUCGCCAAAUUCUUACGGCAUCGCGCAUACCAGAAGGAUCCCGGUGAAGCGCUCCAUGUUAUAUGGUUUUGCGUCGAUUCAGAUGUCAGUCGCAUUGAAGAAGCUGAUAAGCGAACGUUCGAUACUAUUGCACAGUACUCGUGUAAUGUGCCGGUCUUCGUUGUUGGAACCAAGAAAGACAAAUUGAUUGCAUUUCGCAAGAUCCAGCUCCUGGAGAAAUUUAUGGAAGAGAAUGGCAACUAUUCAGAGUCGAGUCGUCUGGCCAACGACGAGGCAAAUCGAUUGGCAGAUGAGCAGUUCAUGGCCCUCCGUGAUGAAUUGUCACGAAUCAAACAUUACAAGGCUGAUGGCUUUUGUUGUGUUUCGAAAGGUCGGUCAUUACUCCCAGUCCCCAAAUUCGUCAUACCAGACACGCUAAUGUUGGAUGUCACAGACGAUACUCAAGGCAUACGAAAGCUUCUGCACUCUACACUUGAGCUAAUAGUCGAUGACAGGGUUCGUGUCUUCGCUGUCGCGGCACAAGUGGUCGAUGUCGAACAGAAGAUUGACUCAGCCAUCACAGAAUGCAUGCGUCUGGCCACGCACGCGGUCCGUACAGCGAUGGUCCCACUACCGAUGUCGGGGCUCGUAGGGACACCAACUGUGGCCCGGAUCCUUUGCGAACACGUUCUGCAAUGCUUUGGAUUUCCCAAGGCAUUACCAGAGGCCGUCGAGGAAAUCAUGACAAGAGUCGUUUUUUCGCACUUGAAAGCCUUCAUGACCAUUACUUUGAUAGAGUUCCUGGCCGUUGGUACGGUCACUGCCGGUCUCAUGGUCGCAACCAUGGGCAUCGGAGGUCUUCUCGGCUUGACGUCGUGUAUUUUGGCCGCGCAGCCCACGGCACGAAUGUUGUUCAAGUGCGCCUGCGACAUGAUCCUGAUCCUUGAACGGUCUUUUCGGUAUCGCGGCAAGUACGUCUCUGUCAAACAGAUCGAGGAUGCCGCCAUAUAUUACACGUCGGCGAUGACCACGACAUUUGGUGGCAAAGAAAUGCUGCUGCAGAAGCACGUCCAUGAGGAAGUCAAUAAAUUGAUCCCAUUACGCAAAGUGAAUGCUGGGAUCCAGCUUGGUAAAUUGAGACCUGGUCUGGAGGAUAUCAUCUACAAAAACCGAUUUAACAAGCGAGACUCCAUGCAGCCAGACCUCACGCCUCUAUCUCCAGAGAUUGGUGGACGGGAGAUUUUGGAGCUGGACGGUGGAUCGAGGCCAGUAGCGUCUCCAGUCGAACUGCCGGCGGAGAAGAGUGCGACCGCCGUAGAACUACCAGCCGAAGUACCAGCUGGAGCGACAGUACCACUUCGAUCUUCCGGGAAGAAGGCAGGAAUGCAGCUGUCUAGCGCCUCCGAUACCACAACAACGAUUGAUGACUUACUGAGUUCGGAUGAGACAACCAGCAUGACGCAGACAAUCAGUGGCCACGUGGAAUCUGGAGCGCUCGACAGCUCAUCGUUGCUCAAAGAUGAUGGCAUAGAAAGGGUGAAGACCGACAGUCUUCUGUCAAAAAGCAUGAAAGCCAUGGGUACAAAGAAGAUGUCGUCGAGAUUUGGGUUGAAGAAGUCAAAGACCAGCAAUUGACGAAGGGGUUUGUGACUCGGAGUUUCAGCGCCCGAUGCCCACUGCAGCUGGCAGUAGAUGAUUGCUGUAGCAUCAGUGUCACAGAACGAUGUCCC